CAAGUUUGUGUUAAUAAAGCUAGGCAAAUUCAAAAUUCCGCCUACUCUCGCGCCUUCUCUCAAUCUACAGCCUCAAGAACGAAAGAGGGUUCCGGACGAUGAACUCCGGCGGCAGCGGCGGCGGCGACGUCUACAAGGUUUGGGAAAUCAAAACUAACAAGAGGUUGCCAAGGGAACAAGAAGCCAGAAAGUUUUUGGAGGCGAUCGCCAAAGCGGUCCAGCCCAUCAUGCACAACCACAAAUGGAGUGUCAAGCUUCUCUCUGAAUUCUGCAAUAAGAGGUAUUUGGGGUAUAAUAUUGGAGGUGGUCAACAUGUGAAGUUGUGCCUAAGGAGGCUAAAGUGGGAUUGGGAGUGGGACCAUUGGAAGUUUCUCCCAUUUGAUGAAGUUCUGGAUACGAUGCUUCAUGAUCUUUGCCAUAAUGUCCACGGUCCUCGUCAUAAUGCCGCCUUCUACAAGCUCUUGGAUCAACUUACAAAGGAAUAUGCUGAGUUGAGGCCUAAGGGAAUACCUGGCUUUGGAAAUAGGUUUGAUCUUCCAGGGAAUACCUGGCUCUGGAAACAGGAAUUUAAUGAGUUCAUGGCUGAGGGAAUACCUGGCUUUGGAAACUGGUUUGAUCUUCCAGGGAGGCGCUUAGGUGGCUAUUCUCCGCAACAUCCUUUUUCAGCUGCAGAAAAGUGGUCACAAGUGGGAUCUCUUCUUCCGUCCGGACCAAGACCGAAACGUCUAGGCGGUGAUAUUGUUACAAUGGAGGCACUUAGUCCAGCACAGGCUGCUGCAAUGGCUGCAGAAAGGAGAUUACAGGAUAACAUAUGGUGUGGUUGUGAACAUUCAGAUCAUGAAGAUGAAGAUGUUAGCUAUGAAUCUGCUGAGAAUAUUGUACAUAAGCGGAAAAUUGUUGGAAGCACAAAACUAACAAACAAUUCUACUCUACCUUGGGAUCAAGUAUCUCAAAAAAGAAGUCGUUCUAAGGAUUUAAUUUUACCCAUUCACUCAUCUAGUGCCUCAAUGUUUAUAGAUUUAACUGAGGAUGAACAAGAAGUUGGAUCUAUCACUCAACAUCGAAAUUUCGGACUAGAAAGCGUUUCAGAUUCCCAAUUCAAUUCUCAGGCUGGAUCUAGUUCUCAUUCCGAAGAACCUGCAAUGUGGGAGUGUCCGAUGUGCACUCUGUUGAAUAUGACAAGUGCUUCUAUAUGUGAGUUCUGUGACACACAACAGCCAAAAGAUGUUACCACCAAAGUACAACAACACUUGGUCUUGUAAAUUCUGCACCUUGGAAAACAGUGUGAAAUUGGAGAAAUGCUCAGCCUGUGACCAGUGGAGAUAUUCUCAUGGAUGAAUUUGAUUCAAUUUUGGCUUUAGUCUUCACUAAGUUGUGCAUAAUCUUCCAUUUCUUCUUGGUUUUAUCUUCUAUAUAAUGAGCACAAAUACUCAUAGAUAAUGGUAAAUUUUACUUUGACAUUUGGUCUUUAGUCUCUUUUUUUUUUUUGAUAAAGUGGAGGGCCUUGGUCUUUAGUCUUUCGAUGUUAUUCAAUAUUUUACUUCAUAUGAAUGUAGGAGGAAUAAUGGCCUAAUGGUUAAGA